AUGAGCAGACACGAAGAGGAUGAUGCAUUUUCAAAUCAUUCCAAAAUACGGAUGGUCGUCGGUCUUUAUCCGUUCGACAUCGAAGGCACAAACUUUUCUUUCGACGCAGGCGACCAAAUGCAUUUACUGAAAGAAAAUCCUAAACCUGGCUAUUAUGAAGUUAUGAAUCUACAAACGAGAGAAAAAGCACUUGUGCCAAAAGCAUUGGUGGUCGAAUAUGGAAGAAUAGAAAAUGAAGACUGGUAUAUAGGAAGUGCUACAUGGGAACAAAUAAAGAUGAUAUUAAGUGAGAAACAGAAACCACAAAGCUUUCUAAUUUUGAAAAACGGAGACAAAAAGUUUUUGCUCGGAUUUCUAGAUUCAAUAAAAAAUGUAAAGCGUUUUGAUAUCGAAAUUAAUGAUAAAGGAAGGUUUCAUAUUCCCGAAAUAGGAGAGGAAGCGUCAUUUGCAAGCUUGCCUGCACUCGUUUGGUAUUAUAAAACCAACAAUCUCGUGCAAGAUUUGAAGUUGUCCGAGCCUGCUAUAAUAACGUCUCAUAUUAAACGAUUUCUGAAAAGAUCAACAGAAGGCGCCAAGAACAAUACAACAAUAGAAGCCUCCAACGAAGAAAUGCAAAAUUCAGAUAGAAUGGUAUUUGGCAAUACUGAUCAAUCGCUUUGGACAAAUAACACCUUGGAAAAAAUUGCAGAUGGAUUAAAUGCUUCCGAGACAGAACAAGUGGUUUGCAACCCUUCUUUACCAUUCGAGCCCGUAGAAAUUUCUGAUGACGAUGACGACGAUCAUAAAUACAUUCAAACUGCCAAUGAAGAUUCUAGAGAUACAUUAUUAUUAGAAAAAUCACGUUCAAGAAUAUCGUCAGAAAUGAUUUCUGCUGAUGCUUCUACCAGUAUAUACAAAAAAAUUGCAAGUACACACCCAAAUGAAGUUGAAAGUAAAGGAAAGUCCUCACUUGAUAAUAAUUUGUCGCCAAAUCUGAAACGAAGAACUAUCGAGGAAAUGUUUCGUGAGCUCCUUUAA